UCUGGUAACUGCAAAGAGUGUGUCAUGGCUGGGCCACUGAGAUGGCUCCGGCAGUUGCCUCCCCUCCUUCGUUACUCUGACUUGGGAACUGCGAGGUCUUUGCUGCAGGCUGCUCAGAAUAUGCAGGGCCCUGUGCUGAAUGACUGCAGCCAAGGCAGGGCCUGGCAGAUGUUGCAGGCCAGGCACCUUGCUGUCAAAAAAGCCAAAGCGAAAGGGAAAGGCCAGGCUCGAGUGAAUAUCAAAGCUGCUUUAGUGGAGGACAUCAUCAACUUAGAAGAAGUCAACGAGGAAAUGCAAACUAUGGUUGAAGCCCUGAAAGAGGAUUUCGGCAAAAAUUUGAGCAUAAGAACCUCACCAGGAUCUCUCGAUCACAUCAUUGUUGCAACCGAAGAUGGGAAGUUUCCUUUAAACCAGCUUGGGCAGGUGUCCCUGAAGUCUCCCCAGCUCAUCCUCGUCAACAUGAGCAGCUUCCCAGAAAGCGCAGCUGCAGCUAUCAAGGCCAUCCGAGAAAGUGGAAUGGACCUGAACCCGGAAGCCGAUGGGCCGGUAAUUCGGGUGCCCAUUCCUAAAGUCACCCGGGAGCACAGGGAGAAGCUGACCACGCUUGCCAAACAGCUGACCCACAAGGCCAAGGAGUCCCUGCGGAAAGUCCGCGCCAAGGCAGUCAACCAGACCAAGAAGGCCAAGAGCACCGUGUCGGAGGACACCAUCAGGUUGAUUGAAAAGCAGAUCCAGCAAAUGACGGACGACACCUCGGAUGAGAUGGACAAGCUGUUGGCGGCGAAGACGAAGGAGUUGCUCGGGUAG